AUUAGAGAUGUCCUUGCAUACGCCACUGUGUCAAUCUUGUACCUACUUGACUACAUUUCAUCAUUGAUCCACGUUAUCACCUCAGUUGCAAAUAGCUCACUUGCUUUAACUUAAACAAACAAUAUUUGUAUUUAAGAACAUCAUUUGGAUUUCUUCAGUCAGUCAUAGAUAGCAUUAUCAAGAAAAUCUAUAGAAAAUGCUCGCUUUGAAACUUGUCACACUUUGCACAUUGUUGGUAGCUUUCUCAGCACAGGAUACCAAAGAACCAGUUGAAAUUAUCUCUGAAAAAACAUUCGCUAACGAAAAUGGAUAUAACUUCGAAUUCAAAACCAGCGAUGGAGUUUCCCGCAAAGAGGAGGGUCAACUUAUCACCGUAGGAGAUCAACAGGGUAUUGGAGUGAAAGGAUCCUACUCAUACCUGGCUCCUGAUGGACUGCAGUACAUAGUAUCGUACACAGCUGAUGAUAAGGGAUACAAACCUACGAUCAGAAUUGCAUCAGACAAUAAUAGUUAAUAAGUAAACUAGUUUCUUAGUUUUUGAAAAAUGAAAUAGAACUCUUCAAACAACA